CGAGUUUAUACCACACCUUUGGUAUGGGAUCUAUCAGUGAUAGAGCAACUUACGACGAAUAUUUCCUGUAUUUUGUAAGAAGCUUUCAUGCAAAAACACGUUUUGUUACAAACUACAAGACAUAGUGGAGGCCUGAAUUAGGUUGCCAUUGACCUAGAUCUAGCGUGUGCUUUAUUGUGACGGCUUGCAUCGCUUUCUUCGGUUUGAUGUUUUGAAAUAGAAUGGCGUGCCUUUCCCGGGGCUGCUUGCUUGGCGCUUUUGUAGUAACUAUCGUCUGUCUUUCACCAGGGAACUGUGAAUUCAAGUUCCUUUCACCCCCGCGGAUGUUCUAUACUGUUGGAUUCUACUCAAAUUUUCCCAUAAACUGUACCACUAAUGACGAAAAUGCAACUACCACGCUGCUGUACCGUCAAAAGUUUAUGGGAGGCUAUAAUGAGAAACCCUUGCAACCAGGCAAAGUGAUAAAGACUGAUGACGUUUACACUAUUUUAAACUUUGCCUAUCAAGAUGCAGGGCAGUAUCAAUGUAAAGCAACAAACCUGGAUGGGGAAACAAUAUUUACAGAUCCAAAUGCAUGCAAAGUGUUUGGAAGACCCAAUGUUAUUCCAGAUGUAACGGUAGAUCCACUAUAUGCAGUACAGCUAUCUCAGGGAGAUAGCUUCAAUUUCACCUGUUCGUCAGCAACUCACACCACACUGAAAUGGACUAAGCGGCCAAAGACAGGCUCUGAAUCUGAUGUGCCGUCAAGCCAGACGGUGUUGAUCAAAGACACAAGUAAAAAUCAGCAGAGGUUGAUUCUAAUGAUAAGGAAUGCACAACCAAGUGACACAGCGACCUACAAAUGUAUCCUGACCUAUAACGGCCAAGAACACUACAAACUGGCUUCUCUUAUAGUGUAUAAAAAUGAGAAACCAGUGAUCACUUCACACAGCUCAACAACUGGUCCUGUGACAAUGCAGGAACCUUCCGACGUAGAGAUCUUCUGUUCCUUUCAAGGCUAUCCCCAGCCCAAGAACACAUGGUCAAAGGACGGCACAGAGAUUACUUUUGGUGGUUGCAUCGCUGGGCAACCCUGUGAAACCAAAAAGUACAUACUUAAGACAAAGAGAAAGCUCAGCACGGAGUACAUUAGUCACCUCACUAUUAAGGGUGCUAGGUACCCUGAUGAUCAUGGCAUUUACACCUGUUCUGCUGCAAAUAGCUUGGGUGUUGCUAAGGCAGACAUAACUCUGAAUGUUGAAGUCAAGCCUAUACUGGAGAAAAGACUGGACGUAUUUCUGCAGUCCAAGAAUACAGAAGGACAUGUCAAUUGCGAAACCAGCAGAUCCAAUCCACUUGGAAAGUUCAAAUGGGAAUACCAGAACAAGCCUCUCAUAUGCUCUUCUGACUGCCAACCUAACCCUUGGGCGUGGCUUCCAGUGAUUUUCCCUACCACCCCUGCCCCCCCAGUCCCUACCAACUUUAGUUCAGUCACUAUUCCCCCCAAGCAAGGGGCUUCAUUCUUCAGGUGCACUGCUACCAACAAAUUUGGCUCAACUAACACAACGUUAAAGUUUGAAAGAAUAGAGGAUCCCGGGGAAAAUCUAGUGAGUAUCAAGCGACCGGCAGGUUCCAAAGUGAUCACAAUUGACGAGAACAAGCCACUUGUUAUCCGCUGCGUGGCCCUAACCCAGGUCGCCGUAUUGGGUGGUAUCCGAUGGUUACGGGAUAAAGUCCUGAUGGACCCUGUUACCGAUCCACGCAUCACAAUCAAUAGAACCAGCCUGCCAGAUACCAAGAACACAGAGAUUAAGUUUACCAUGGUGAAUACAACAGUGAAUGACAGUGGCGUUUAUUCUUGUGAUGCCCUGGCCUUGAGGCCUCAACUCAAUAGGAUUGUUAAUGACAGCAUAAAAGUUGAGGUUUUAGCUGUAACACCUCCUAUUAUCUCUGAGAUGCCUGAUCAAACAGUUAAAAAAGAAAAGACUGACAUUGUUGAGGUCAAUUGCAAAGUCUCCGGCUACCCUAAGCCAACUGUCAGUUGGUACAAACACAGUCCUGGAGAGACCGAAUGGAGAAGGUUAUCCCAAAUUCCAGAUCUGGUGCGAUCCAAUGGCUGCACGCAAAGUAGAAGUGGUUAUUACUUUUACCUUGACAGUAUCGGCAGUCCUUUGGUAAUUUGCCAGCCUCGUCAUGAGCUACACUCGGGGAAAUACAAGUGUAUAGCAACAAAUGAACUCGGGGAAGACCAAAGAAUUGCGUCUCUGAAUGUGGAAGAGGGAGCACGCAUCCUAAAGCCAAAAUCCAAGUUGCUCUCUGUUGCUCUUGAUACGAACUUUAAUCAAAGUUGCCAGGCUAGUGGGAACCCUGUACCUACAGUUCAGUGGAUGCGACAUGAGAAGUCUGGUGACAAGUUACUGAGUACUGGUCUAGGAAGUGCCCUUUUGGUCAUUCCUAAGGUGAUGACCAAGGACUUGACCAACUACACCUGUACCGCGGCCAACUAUAUGACAGACAAAGUGGUCCUUACCAUAGAAGAAUUAGAUGAUGCCAUUAUUUUGGCCCAGAAGGAUGCAUUGUCUUAUUCUGCGCUGGCUGGGAUUAUCACAGGGUGUACACUAUUUGUCUUGGUCAUUCUCAUCAUCUGCUUUGUGGUCUACCGGAAGCAGAAAAAGCAGAUUGAUGAAUACAAGGAGUUUUACUUCUUGAGAACUGGAGAAUCCGAUUAUAAGAUUGACCCAGAUCGUAGCCUGCUUGAGCAAUGCAAUAACCUCCCCUACGACCUCGACUGGGAGUUCCCAGAAGAGCGACUUAUUCUUGGAAAGGUUCUUGGACAAGGUGCAUUUGGCCAGGUUCUAAGAGCUGAGGCCAUAGGCAUGGACAACUUUAACCCACGCGAUAAGAGCGCAGACGGAUUGAAAACACGCUCCAAGAUGAGGCGGUCUUUAAGAGGCAGUUUUCGGGCCAGCAUGAGAAGGAAUAAGAAUGAGUACGCAAGCUUGCGAUGGGCCAAGAAGACGACUGUUGCUGUCAAGUGUCUCAAAGAGGGUGCAAGCGAGAGCGACUACAAAGACCUCGCCUCAGAGCUCAAGAUUCUCAUCCAUCUGGGUGAACACAAGAACAUCGUGAAUGUGCUCGGCGCAUGCACGCGAGGCAGAAGACUCAUGGUCAUCAUAGAGUUUGCACCCUACGGCAACCUACUCAGCUUCCUUAGGGCACGGCGAGAGGUAUACCAACCUACCUGGACAAAGACUACCAAUGACCCCGAGAAGAACUACACACUGGUCGACCUGACCAUGGCCUCGUACCAGGUGUCUAGGGGCGUUGAGUUCCUGGCCUCCAGGAAGUGCGUUCACCGUGACUUAGCGGCCCGUAAUGUGCUAGUCGGACCGGACUAUGUCAUGAAAGUGUCCGACUUUGGUUUGGCACGUGACAUCUACCAGGAUGACCUUUAUGUUAAAAACACGAGCGGCCUUCUGCCCGUCAAGUGGAUGGCGCUAGAGAGCUUGUUUGACCGGGUCUAUACAGAGAAGAGCGAUGUCUGGUCAUUCGGCAUUCUGCUUUGGGAGAUCAUGACACUUGGCGGCACGCCGUACCCAGGCCUCCCGACCGAGCAGCUCCUGGACUACCUUAGUGAGGGUCAGCGGAUGGCGCAGCCGCAGAACUGCCCUCUAGAAAUCUACACGAUCAUGCGCGACUGCUGGAUGCAGCUACCUGAGCAGAGGCCUCACUUUAAUGUGCUUGCAGACCGACUCGGCAAGGUCCUCGAGAGGAACGUUGCUAAGGACAACCCUUACAUUCAGCUGUUGAUCGACGAGAGCACGGGAACCACGGACUACUAUCUCAGUCCCUGUGACGCAAACCUUCCAAAUAAACCCCGAGAGACGCCCGACGGAUACGAGGAGGCCUUGCCAACAGCGCGUGCUGAAUCAUCGCUCAGGUACGACACCUCUCUGCCACCCCUCCCUCCCCCGGACGACCCCCUCCCUCCUCUCCCAGACGACGACAUCAUGAACUCCCCGCUUCCGAGCAUCCCUCCCUCGUACGAGGAAGCCGUGAAACCCGGUGAUUACCGCAAUGGUAGCCAGAGUAGCAAUGAGAGCGGAAUAGACCUGGAGGAGAAGUCGGGCAAGAGACCAGAGGAGCAGAGACUGUUGGUGGAGUUACCCGAAGAACACCAAUAUGUGAACGCCGGCAAAGGCAAGGGCAAGGGCAAGCGCCGAACCACCGAGACGGAAUCACUGGUGUAAGAGCACUCGGGAGAACCUCGGAACGUUGCCGUGUACUCGAGGCAUUGCCGAAGCGCCUGCGAAGCGAAAUUCAGACCCGAAGUCGGUGGAGUAACCCGGGACAAGAGAGCUAAGGUUACAUUUUAUAACUGGAUGGACACACUCUGAUAUGUGGACAGGUUCCUGAUAGAGAAAAAGUCAAGGAGAAAUGUACAUGUAAUGGUCCCUAACAUGAUGAGCCGAUUGCAAAAGUACAUAAACAAUUGAGUCAAUACUCGUUCGGGAUGGACUCGUAACGUAUUUUCUGUUAAUUACGACAACAAACAUAUUGUUACGUUAUUGGCUCGAUUGAAAUAACAUAGGAAAUGAUAAAUUAACCUAAAAUCACUGGGAUCAAUUUUCAAAAAUUGUUAUUGAUCUCGAAAGAGAAAUCAAGCAAUGCUAUGAUGGAUUCGUUACACGAAGAACUAGCCAAAAAGCGGUAUUUGUAUCGAUUAUAUGCGUACAGGCUAACGAGAACUCCACGGGUAUAGAAUACUUUUGCAGUUAGCCAAAGAUGAGGCAUAACCUGAAUGAGAAGUUGUUUGUUGUUCAAAUUCAACAUCCAUUCGAAUCCCAAAGCCUACCAACCUACCAACCUACCAACCCUACUACUAUUGACCAAAAGCAGUUGGUCAAUGUGAAUGGUGGCCUGUUUCUACAGUAUCAGAACUAAAUUAUUUUUGGAGCCGCCUAAAUUUGUAGAUAUCUAGAGACUGUUCAUAGUCCAGCAAACUAUUCUAAAUAUUGAGCUAAAAGUUAUAUAAUAUAUGCCUACGAUAGAUUCAUUUGCACUUAAUAAUAUUAUUCGGUUGAUUAUGACCCGAAUGUAAUGGGAAUUUCCCCGAGUUGUACGCUGGGCGUACCUAUUUCGUACAGAUUUUCCUCGACUUCACGUUUUAAGGUUUUCAAUAAGAAAACAAACUCCGGGCUUGACCCGCAACUAGUCUCCCGCGCAGUGUUCUGAAUGGAUUUUAAGGAGUCCUGUUCAGCCGCUACCACCUUUGUUGUUGUUUUUAUUCCGUAUAGAAUACAAGUUAUUUGAAGAAAUCUCGAAUCUCGUUAAUCUUAAGCCUACUUUUGCUAUCACUAUUCCGUGUAAUGCUACAAGAAACUGCUGGUUUUAUUUGGAAAGGCUGGUAGCAAUAGCUGACAUGUUUCCCUUAUGAGAGUUUCAUUUUAAUAGUUUAUUCCAACCUGAAUAAGUAGAAGUAAUAAAAAAAUGUCUUUUUAUACACCGUAUCUAUAGCCUUUUAUUUUAUUGACAUUCCCUGGGCGUGGUUCGUGGUUCCACUUACGGAUGUCCCAAAUGUGCCCGGGUUUUCCAUUCUAUUUCGAGCACUAUCUUUUUUUUAGUCUGGUAGACUAAUUCCAAACUCCGGCCAAGUGUCAGAUUGAGCUUUAGUGCAGAGAUAUGGUGUUAUAGAUGGGCCGCACCGCACAUUCAGCAGGUGAAGAGUCUUGAUAAGGAUUCCGGCGCCUUGAUAGCAUUAUCCAAGAGCUUCGGUUAACGAGGACCUUGGCUCGGAAAUAAGUGAGAGACGUCCUAGGGUCUUGGACAAGAGCCUUGAUGGAUUUCAUGUUUUUACUUGAAGGGAAAAUACCCCAGUGUAAAACAACUUAGUCUUCAGAAUGAGAAAGUAUUGGAACAAGGUUACCACAAAGAGCCCCAUAGAAAAUUUCUUGACUGUUUAGUUUACCAUAUGGUGGAAAAUUACUUAAAAACAUGUGGCAUACAUAUAAAAGAAAUACCUCUCAUAGACGGCGCCCAAUAAGUAAACCCGGCUAGGAGCCAAAAAAUGUGAAACUCGAGCAAUUCUUUUAAUUGCCCGUGACCUAUUGGCCAAGUGAUAAGCCAAUCAGGUUUAUCAGGAUUGGGCGACUCGCUAAUAAAACUAGUCUGCGGCCAACACCACAAGGCCCCAGUCGAUACAACUUCUAUCUCAAGAACCUCAACAGUGAAAAAGCUUAGAUUCAGUCUUUUCCAGCUUCUAGACAUGGGUAGACAAGCGGCGAAGCUCCUGUUGGUCAUACUGAUUGUCUUGGCUUGUAUUGCGAACAUGGACGCAAAAGGCCGCCAGCCUGGAAGGAAAACCAAGGCCGCCAGACGAAAAGGCGUAACCAGUUUGAUCCGAGUGACCCCUGAGAAGCCUGGGACUCUUCUCGUUGGAUCCAGCAUAAAUCUGGCGUGCUCCAGUGAUCAAGUCGUUAACUUGACGUGGUCCAAGGAUGGAUCCUUGAGGUCCAACGAUACCACCCUCACACUAAUCAAUCUCCAGAGCCGCGACCGGGGAGUGUAUGUAUGCAGUGGGCAUGAUCAGAAUGGUACCUCCCUGGAGAGGCGUGUCAAGAUCAAGGUCAAGAGGAAGAUGCCCGGUGGGCUUCAAGUGACGGUCAAGAGCAAAGCGAGGGGAAACAGAAUAAGCAUCACUUGUAAAGUGAAAGGAGCACGAAAACCUUUGAGCAUAAUCUGGAAAAAGGACAACCAGAAGCUUGUAUGCGAUGACAAAAAAUCCAGGCCAAAAUCAUCGCUAAAAUGCAAACAAAUACAGAAGAAAAACGUCUAUGUACUGAAGUUAUCCCGCGGGAACAGAAUCCAGGGCAGCUUCAGCUGCCAUGCGAGAUCUGGAAAAGCAACGGGAAAAGGCAUUGUGCACCUUCCGCAUCCUAAAUAGGACGCCAGACCCGGUUCCUAUGGCCUAGACAUGACCUUCAUUGGAACUGUAUUGCUUACAAACAGCUUGUAUCGUUCUGCGUGGAAGACGUACGCCCUGUAGCUAUCACCAAAGACUCGAGAACAUUCACCAAAUAUUUGUUGCGGAAUUCCACUCUUUUUAGCUAUUUAGAGGUUAUUAUUCCUUUUCAAAAUGCACAACGAGACCAGUUAUGGGAAAUUGUUUUUAUAUUAAAACUUUCAAAAACGGU